UAUUUUUCAAUGAAGUAUAAUUUUAGGAAAUGUAAAGCUCUAGAUUAUUAUUGUAGGAAAUGUAAAGCUCUAUAUUAUUAUUGUAGGAAAUGUAAAGCUCUAUAUUAUUUUUGUAGGAAAUGUAAAGCUCUAUAUUAUUAUUGUAGAAAAUGUAAAGCUCUGGAUUAUUUUUGUAGGAAAUGUAAAGCUCUAGAUUAUUUUUGUAGAAAAUGUAAAGCUCUAGAUUAUUAUUGUAGGAAAUGUAAAGCUCUGUAUUAUUUUUGUAGGGAAUGUAAAGCUCUAGGUUAUAUUUCUAGGAAAUGUAAAGCUCUAGGUUAUAUUUCUAGGAAAUGUAAAGCUCUAGGUUAUAUUUCUAGGAAAUGUAAAGCUCUAGGUUAUAUUUCUAGGAAAUGUAAAGCUCUAGAUUAUUUUUGUAGGAAAUGUAAAGCUCUAUAUUAUUUUUGUAGGAAAUGUAAAGCUCUAUAUUAUUAUUGUAGGAAAUGUAAAGCUCUGUAUUAUUUUUGUAGGAAAUGUAAAGCUCUGUAUUAUUUUUGUAGGAAAUGUAAAGCUCUAUAUUAUUUUUUUGGGAAAUGUAAAGCUCUAUAUUAUUAUUGUAGGAAAUGUAAAGCUCUAUAUUUUGAAGGAAAUCUAAAGCUCUGGAUCAUUUUUGUAGGAAAUGUAAAGCUCUAG